GCUUAAGUGAUUCUUAAAAACCACUGAAGAAUUACGGUUUCUAGUGCUUAAACGUGAAGGGAUGUGAUCCUGCAGGCUGCAUCCUUCAGGAUCUCGUGAGGCAGCUGCAGAGAUUCUCGCCCAGCAUGGGACGAAGUAAACUUGCUGUGAAAAGGAAAGCACUGACGUGUUGGUGCACUAUGGUAGGCAUAUGUGAUGCUGCGUGGAAAAGCAAGUCUGCCCUGAGCUGGGCAGUCCAAACAUGUGGACAAGAUGAGUAACCUGAGCUUUUUUGUGCUCCUUUCACCUUACUCCAAGUAGUAGCAAUAAAAAGUGUGAGGAAUCAAGCUUAGUUCUAUCCAUUGAGGGGAGGUAUGCAAAGCUGCCAUUAAGUAGGGUUUUACAGAGAAGGAGGGGGGGACUUUUUGCUUUGUACCACAGUUAAUGUUCACAGCUCACGUUUCUUUUUUUGACUCUGUCUGGGAGUCUAGAUUGUGUCUUUCCAGACCCUUUUUCAGUACAGCAGUAGGAAGUUUGAUGUCUUAAGAUCGUGGAGUCUGGUGAAGACAAUGCUGUGAGACCAAGACCAAGUUUAUGUUCCUUGAUGUUUCAUUGACUUAUUGUAUUACUUUCACCAAGUCACUUUCUCACUUCUUGUGUUUUGCUGGCUCCCUUUUCUAGUAUUUUUUUCUUUUUUCCAUUUCAGUUCUCAGCUAACACAGGAGUGAGCUGUGCAACUUGUAUAUCGUUUCUGUAGAGACCUGAUUUAAGCAGUGAAUGCUAGGCUCUUCUAGAAUGCAAGUAAAUGAUAACAUGUUCUCUUCUGUCUGAUGAGCGUUGCAGUAUGAUAUAGACUUCAGAGGUCCAGAUGGCAUAGCUGCAGACAGCAAUGGUAUAUGCCAGCUGCUAUGUGCAUGUGGAAAAGUUGAAAAGAUGGAGGUGCUAUAUCUUGUAGCUGUGCGAUAGUGCUGUGCUGUAUAUCAACCUGUGAUUUUAAGAAAAUCAAUUGCUUUUGAUGUUUUCAAAACAGUAUGAAUACUCUCUUUUUCUGUCCUCAGGGUCAGAUGUCUUUGAAAUUGUUCUCCCAAUCACUAUCUUUGUGCUGAGUGAUGAUGAUUUUCUCCAAGAUGACGGUGAAGAGCAGGCAAAAUUGUUUUCUAAGCUGAAAGAAAAGGAGAAGCAGGAGGCUAACUUAAAUGAUAGCAGUGUGACACCUUCAAAUGAAGACAAUAGUUUAAGGAGUUGGGAAGAAAAGACUCCUUCAAAUAAGGAGAAUAAUAUAACAUACUCUGAAGAAAAAUGCGUUGGCCAGAGUGUGUGUGACAAAUCCAAAUCAACCUUAUCUUCUUUAGGUGAACAGUGUGAUCUAAGCAAGGAUAGAUACAGUCGAAAUGAUGUGUUGCCUUCAUCGCCUGGCAAAACAGACCCUACCAAGAUAAAUGAAACGGGUAACAGCAAGGAAUGUGACAAUGAUGACGGUUUUCAUAAGAUUCCUCUUCUGUGCGCAUCUGCUGCUGAUGAGGGCAGAGAUGAGACCAUCAAUACAGAAGGAGAGUUGAUGUUAGCAACAACGUCCAAAGAUGAAGAACUUGCCAAUACUGCAAGCAUUCUUUCUGAUGGCAGUCAAGAGAAACAAGUGGAAAUCCACACAGAGAUGGAGACAACUAUUGAAAUAGAAGAUACUGAUUCUUCAAACAGUGGAAAUAAUGAAGUUAGCAGCACAAGAAAGAGAAGCAAAUCUGAAGAUGAAACUCACAGUUCUCUUUUGCAGCGUGACUUGAGAGAAGAACUGAAGCUUGCCUACAGUAGUUCUGUGCCAGUUAUUAAUGGAUUUUCUCCUAAUUCAGAAGAAUUGCUAAAAGACGUAGGGUAUUUGGAGAUGAACGCUUCUCUUUGUGCUGAGUCAAAUGUUCCCGAAGAGCAUAUUUAUCAGUCGUUAACUCCAUUUUCUAAAAAAAAAGAUCAGCAACAAAAUGUGAUUUCCCCUUAUGCAAGCCCAAAAGACUUGGAAGACCAGCAAGAAGGUUUAUCAUGGCUAAGUAAUAGUGUGAACAUCAAACCUCUUUCUAAGGGAUCUUGUUCUAUAAAUAAGCAUGAAAAGUUAAAUUUGAAAUGCAAGUUUUGUAGUUCUAUAUAUAAAUGUACUGCACGUUUAAAGAAGCAUAUUUAUUCAGCUCAUAAAGAUAAAAAAGUUUAUAAAUGCUGCUUUUGUAAAAGAACGUUCUUCUUUUCUGUCAACCUUAAAAAUCACCUUAAAUUUCAUAAGAAAAUUACCAGGUUGCAAAAGGCAAGAAAAAACAGAAUGAAUGCUCGAAAAAGGAGGCAGAGAAGAACUGAAGAAAGAAAAUCUGAGAUCAAGAAAAAGGAAAGUAAGUACGAGAAAUUUUUCAUCAAGAUUGAAAGGGACUUUACUCCUCUGGGUGUUCCUGUUAUUUUUUCCUGCAAAAUUUGUUUCUUUGCUUCAUCAAGUCCUAGGAUUUUUAUCCAUCAUAUGAAGGGACAUAAAGAGAGACCACCUUACCAGUGUCCUCAGUGUGAUUAUUCCUGCAUUAGCUUAUCCUAUAUGUUAAAUCACAUGUACUGGCAUGCUGGAUAUAAGCUGUACAAGUGCAGGUUCUGCACCUUUUUUUCAUUGUAUUUUGCAAGCAUGGUAAGGCAUAGCUAUAUCCAUACAGGGGCUAAGCCAUAUACCUGUGAGUUCUGCCAAUCAGCAUUCACAAGCACCAGUGGAUUAAAGAGACACCGAAGAUUACACACUGGCGAGGAAACAUGCCAAGGGCAGCAACUCGUUGAAUUUGUAAGUGGAAGAAAAAGAACCCAAAGACCUUUAAAGAGUUACACAUGUGAUGAGUGUAACAUAGUGUUUUAUACUAGGGGGCAUCUCAGCUUUCAUAAGAAAUUUCAUGAGCAGCUUAAGGCUGCUGCUAAUGGUUAUAUGGAUCAGAGUAAUGAAUACCGUGAAAGCAAAAUAUAUGAAAUUGACAGUGAUUCCCGGGACUGUGUUUCUCUACCUCUUUCUGACAAAGAAGACGAUCAUCCAGCUGGGGGAAUGUGUAAAAUGCUGGUUUCAGAAUUAGACUUUAGGCAGGCAGGUGACAUGUGGGACAAUAAGAAAAUGUGCUCUGGAGAGAAAUUCCCUGAAAACAGCUAUGGAAGCAACAGUUUGCCGGUUGUUGAGAAUGGAUCGGAAGUUCUUCCAGACUCAUGCACAACAGGCACUGUGAUUUGCAAAGAGGAACCUCUCUUCAGCCCUGAGGCCACUCAUUCACAAGUUCGAGAUGAUAAUGAAGAUGAUACAGACCAUAAAUUUGUGGAAAAGUUUAAGGAUACAUGGCCUUCCAGUUUGUCUUCAUUCAGAAUGUACAAGUGUAAACAGUGUGAUUAUGCUACUGCUGUUUAUAGCAACCUUAAGCUGCACCUAAGAAUACAUAGACAUGAAAGACCAUUGGGGUGUAAAGAAUGCAAUAAAACAUUUAGAACUUUAAGCCAUUUGCAGAGACACAACUGUCUUCAUGUGAAGAAUCAAUAUGAGUUUGACCAUUGCCUCUGUGUAGAUAGCCAUUUAGAGGAUCUUGAAUUGCACCGUGAAAUGCAUGUAGGCGUGUGUCCAGAAAGAGAUUUUGGUUCUUCGGAACGUUUGAGCAGUGUCCAUUCCUUGCUUUGUUCGGAAGCAUGUGGAGAACAGACAGAUGUCCAGAGGAACAAAGAAAGUGAUUUAGCAGCACAAAGUCAGCCGCGGUUCUAUAAGUGUGCAGAGUGUGAGUACACUACUUACAUUUUAAGCAACCUUAAGCUGCAUGUAAGAACUCAUACAGGUGAGAAACCUUACAGCUGCAGUGUUUGUCAGAAGAAGUUUCGUACUUCCAGUCACCUGAAACGACACAAGGUCAUGCAUUUUAAUGCAGAGCAUCUCAAAUGCAGGAACUGUGACUAUUCAACAGACAAAUGGCUAUCCUUGAAACAGCAUCUGGCUUCACACUCUGAUAAGGAAAUCUCAUCUACUGGCAGUCUCUAUGAACAAAAAGCACUACCUGUCAAAACAUACACAUGUGAAGAGUGCGGCUAUACCACAGUCCAUAAUGGAAACUUUAAGCAGCACUUGAGAAUUCAUACAGGGGAGAAGCCAUUCAAGUGUAGUCAGUGUACUGUUUCAUUCCGCACAUCUAGCCACCUGAAGCGCCACUUGCUAACUCAUUUAAAGUUACACUGCAAAAGGUGUGACUUUUACGAUAGAUAGAUAUGCUACGCAAAAGCAUGUAAAAACGCACAAAGGUUAAAAUGUACAAAGUGCAAAAAAUGUGAUGUCACGUUUUCUACCAAAAAGCUUCUGGAAAAGCAUAAAUGGCAACAUUUAAAAGCUGGAACAUAAGCAUGGAUUUUGCAAGCAAGGUCUCAGUUCUGUAGAGCUGUACAUGUUUUGAAUUUAUUCAUUGUUUUGUGUUCAUGUGCUGUCCCCAGAAUGAUAGCUGAUAGUGGGUGCAUCUAGUCUUUUUGGUCCAGAGAAUAAAAUCGAGAUUGUCUUGCUCCUGGCUCUUCUGAGAGCUUCGGUUCCGGCAAAGGAUGUGCUAAAGAAGUUCUUGAAGGCACGUUUUCAUGCUUGAGCACUUUUUCUGUUCUCUAAGGUCGGAGCUACGUUUUGCCCUAUGCUCAUCAGUUGAAACACCCUCAUAGAAGGGUUAUCUUAUUCUAUUUCACCUUUUUUUUUUUUUUGGUAGCUAAACUGGAGUCUUGUUUAGCUGAAAGAAUGUUUAAAGGGAGGGGAGUGUGUUUUACGUUGCGAAGUAAUAACUUUCGAAUUAAAAAUUGUCAAUGUGGUUGGAGGCUUAAUGUUCCCUCCUGUCUGCUGAAACUUGCAUUCCCUCCUGUAAGGUUCUCUUGCAACAACUGCAAGAGAACGGAUUAGAAGUGUUUCACAAUAUUACUGAAACAGAUUCAUGUAAUCACUGGAUAAUUGGGAUAUGAAAGUCUUUUAUGUAUAUAUAUAUAUGUAUAUAUGAAAAGGUUGUUAGGCACUUAAUCUUGUCUGUAAUUAUCCCUGAUAAUUCUUUGAGUAGUCUGACAGAAAUGGUAAUGUAAUCAGAUCUUGUGAGAUACUGAGAAACUUCAAAUCCAUCUUUAUGAAUUUUAUUUAGAUGCCUGAUAUUAAUCUAGUAUGAAAUGCCUUAUCUUUUCUCAGGUUGCUAAAUGCAGUUACGGUGCUUCUUGGGGGAAAAAAAAAUCAUAGCAUCUAUUUUGAGAAACAAUAUUUCUGUUAAUUUAGGCACCUCCUUACAUAUUGCAAAUACUUCUUGGAUUGCAUUGAAAACUUCAGCAAUAUCUUGAACUGUCAAACUUGCUUGUUAAUAUGAGAGAUUUAUUCUGCCUCUGAAAUGACAUGUAUAAUGACAUAUAUCAAACUGUAGUUAUUUAAUAGAAAUACAUUAUGGUGAAGACUGAAUGAGAUGGAUGUUUCUUCCACUUUGUAGUCAAGCUUGCUUUGAGUUAUACAGCGCUAGAGACUGUAUGGAAGCCGCUAACUAUAUGUUCAAUGGUAUUUAUAACAGCAGUGCUAUCUUGUGUGGGGGGAAAAAAAGAUAAUGGCAAAGGAUUGAUACUAAUUACCCUUUUCAUGUUAUAGUUCAGUCCAUGAAACAACAGAGUAAGCCUGAAGCUUAAUUUAGAGAAUGUUACCAUGAACUACUACUGCUAUGUUACUGCUCUCAAAUUUAUGCUUUUCUUUGUUAAUAUAGGUGAUACCUUGGAGAGGCUCUUUGGCAAAGUAGAAAAGCAAUUUGCAAGAAGAGUGGACUGAAACUUAUCAGUGGGUGCAUGCACCUAAGGCUAGAUCAACAAAGGAAUUUAAAUGAUCUAGUUCUCUUUGAUUUCAGUAAAAUCAGGCAAUUAAAUGUUUGUGACCAUGAACCUUAGUGAUGUUACAGAUAUUUUUACUAUAAGCUGGGAAGUCACCAUUUGGAAAUGCAAGAAGAAAGAUUCUGAUCUUAGAAUGACUGAACUAACAAUUGGUUACAGCUGUGAGAAGUAAGUUAGCUUAGCAUGAAUGUGGCAAAGCGUUUCUGGGAAAUAUUAACACUAUUAUGCAACCAUGGUUGACUUUAUUUGAAUUUCUCUGGAAUUCUGACAGCGUAUUUGAAGAAAAUAAAAAAAGAACAGGUGCAAAGAAGAGAUACAAAAAUGAUGACAGAAUUGAAAUUCUGUGCAUCAGGUGAAACUAUGAAAACAAAAUCUGAUAAGGAAUAAUUACCUGUUUAUAAGUAUGUUUUAAAUAAACUGAGCUCCCCUUUUCUCCGUUAAGGGAUAAAUACACUGUGAAUUAAAUCAGACAGGACACACAGUAAACACUGGAAAUUUCUUUUAGUGGCAAGUAAGGAGAACAGAAGACAUUCUCAGAUGGAGCUUGAUAAGUUUGUAAAAAUAACUU